AUGCCACCGACCACAGCAGGUGAUGGAAGGUUUCAUUUAGAGGCUGUCAUGAUUGCUAACCCAUCUACACCAGCAUACAGAUACGAUCCCUAUAGCAAAGUGUUUUCCAGGGAGUAUUACGAUAUUGAUGCCAUGUUUCAAGCGAGGAAAGACGCCAUAACUACAGCGUCAAGAGCUAAGAAAUUUGGACUCAUUCUAAGUACGUUGGGAAGGCAAGGAAGUCCAAAGGUGCUAGAGAAUUUAGAACAACGAUUCAGCAAGGCGGGCCUGGAAUAUGUAAUUGUACUCAUGUCUGAAAUAUUUCCGGGUAAACUUGGAUUGUUCGAGGACGUGGAAGCAUGGGUGCAAGUGGCUUGUCCACGAUUGUCCAUUGACUGGGGCUACGCUUUUCCUAAACCUUUACUGUCGCCUUAUGAGGCGUCAGUUGUGCUUGAACAAAUCGAAUGGCAAGAAAAUUACCCAAUGGAUUUUUACGCAAACGCUAGUUUGGGACCCUGGACUGUGAAUAAUGAGCGGAACAGACAAAUACCGGUUAGCAGAAGAAAAAAGAACUUACACACAGAAAAGCUAUCUGCGGAAAAUGUUCCAUCAAACGUAGAAGUCAAAGAAGGAUGUGAUGGACAAACUAAGGAGUGUUGUGGGAAAUGCCAUCAAGAGAAGCUUCUUAAGUUACAAGAUGAUCUGAAAACUAGUCUACAGUAAUACAAAGAGUGCUUCGAGCGAAAACAAUCGCCUUGGAACAAAAGAAAUACGGGAAACAGAAGGCUCCUACCUUAUCUUUCACUUGAAUGGAACAGAGAGAUUUGCGAUCGAUCGUCGCCAAACCAAAAUCACGUCGGCCAAUCUAAAAUGGAAAAUAUCACGCGAAGUAAAUGAGCAGUGAAAACGGGUUAAGCGCGGGAAACAAGAAUGUUUAAACUGUGAUUAGUUAAAACAAUCACCGAGCGAAUUGAAGCACAACCAGGAACGCCAAGUAAAUGUCAACAGCCUGUUUAACAUUAAUGUGACUGAGUUCACAAGCAGGCGCAUCGCAAAUAAAAUCAAUCAAAUUGAUAUCUUACGAACGUAAUAUUAGGAGAACAGCAAACUCAGCCAAAUCAAGAAUUUGAAAAAGUUUAAGUUCUUGAAAGGACGAUACAUCGUACAUAGCUUACACACUUUUGCGUUCUGUCAAAUCAAAAACACAGCCUUCACCCCUAAACACAAAAUAAAACUGGCCACA